AUGCCAACAGUUAAAGAUAGAGUUCAGGCAUUGAAGCCACAUGAGAGGUUUGUCUCUUUUGAAUUUUUUCCACCGAAAACUGAUACUGGGUUUCGUAAUUUGUUAGCUAGAUUGAAUCGUAUGCUGGCAUUAAAUCCAUUAUUCAUCACUGUUACCUGGGGAGCAGGUGGAUCUACCAGCGAAAAGUCGCUAGACUUGGCAGCCACAUGUCAAAAAGAGAUAGGAUUAACAACUGUGUUACAUUUGACAUGCACCAAUACAAAUAAGGAGAUCAUUGACAAUGCGUUGGAAAAGGCCAAAGAGCAGGGCAUAAGGAACAUUCUUGCUUUGAGAGGUGAUCCUCCUAGAACGGAGGAAUAUUGGAUUCCAGACUGUGAUUUUAACAACGCAGUGGAUUUAGUCAAGUACAUUAAACAGCAAUAUGGAGACUACUUCUGUAUUGGUGUUGCGGGAUACCCCGAAGGACAUGUUGAUGGUUCGGAUAGCUCGAACCAGGAUCCGCGUAAUGAUAUGCCAUAUUUAGUUGAGAAAGUUGAAGCCGGUGCCGACUAUAUUAUAACACAAUUAUUCUUUGAUGUUGACAAAUUUCUUAACUACGAAGCUAUGAUAAGAUCAUAUCCACAAUUAAAGGAUAUAAUUUUAAUUCCAGGUUUAAUGCCUAUCACCACAUACAAAGUAUUCACUAGAGCUACAAAAUUAUCCCAUGCAUCAAUCCCGUUGGAAAUUCAAUCUAGUUUACACUCGUCCAGUUAUGAUGAUGAUCUAGUGAAGAACAUUGGUAUUGACGUUAUUAAUAACAUCAUUAAUAAAAUAGAUUCUAAUACCGAUAACCGUAUUAAAGGAUAUCAUUUCUACUGUCUUAAUUUAGAAAAGGCGGUGGCGUCUAUCAUAAAUGAUUCCGACGUAUUGAAAUCAGUUAUGGACCUACCAGAUGAAACCAACAAUAAUGAAGAUGCAAUUGCAUCAGAUUCAGACGAGGAUCUUCCAGCUGUAACAAUUUCGAAUAGAAGAAGGAAGUCUUCUAUUAUUAAUGAUAACGAAUUGGCAGAUAAAUCAAAUGCACAAAAAAGUCUUGUUGGCAAGGCAUUGAUUGGAGAUAAGAGAACCUUAGUGGAUAUUAGUACCGGUAAAGGUGCGCUAGGUAAAGACGCUACAUGGGAUGAUUUCCCGAAUGGUAGAUUUGGUGAUUCUAAUUCUCCAGCCUAUGGUGAAAUCGAUGGUUACGGCCCAACUUUGAAAAUUUAUUCUCCAGAGGAGGCUAUUCACAAAUGGGGUGCACCAGAAUCAGUCAAUGAAAUUAUUAAGGUAUUUGUCAGCUAUUUAUCCGGAAAAAUUGAUUCAUUACCUUGGGUCGAUGCAGCCUUAUCACCAGAAACAGCUUUAAUCCAAGAGGAAUUAUUUGAAGUAAAUAAUAAAGGAUGGUUUUCAUUGGCCUCACAACCAGCCGUUAAUGGUUGUUUAUCCUCUGAUAAAAUCUUUGGUUGGGGACCAGGCAAUGGUAUCAUUUACCAAAAGGCAUUUAUUGAAAUUUUCAUUCCUAAAGAUACGUGGACUAAUAAAUUAUUACCAGGAUUACAAAAAUAUUUAGAUGAUCAAACAAUUACCUAUUAUUGUGGUGAUGCAGAAGGUCGUCUUACAUCCAACCUAAACAUUGACCAAGAGCAUUACAAUAGCAAAAAUGCCAUUACAUGGGGUGUUUUUCCUCUGAAAGAAGUGUUGCAACCUACAAUAAUUGACCUUGAGUCUUUUAAGGCUUGGAAUGAAGAAGCUUUUAUAUUAUGGCUAGAAUGGGCUAGAUGUUAUAAGAAAACUUCAAAGACAUAUGAAUUAUUGAAUUCUAUUUACAAGGAUUACUAUUUAGUUAGUUUGAUUUCACAUGAUUUUAAAGAUGAAUAUGCUUUAUGGAACAUCUUAUUAGAAAACAAAUGA